AUGGGCAAUCAACAAGCUUCAUCCACAAACAACAAGAAUAGAACUCCUGAGGAAUCUCCUUAUCCAACCAAUCGAGCAAGCGCUGUUAAUUCAGAACAUUUUGAACAGGUUUAUAAUAGUGUGAGUGGUGUAUCGAGUGAAUUUAAGGCAAACGAUCCCGAAGUAUUGAAUGCAUUGGUUGAAAGUUAUCGGGAUUCAUUUGCUAAAUAUAUGAAAAAGAUGGAAAAGAAGUUGAAAAAGUUACCUCUGAAUUUGGAUCAAAUGGUUUCGAUUGAUAAGAACAAGUUGAUGGAUUUACAUUUAAAGUUACCAACUAGUUUCUAUAAGGCCAGAGUUAGUGCAAGUUUUAAAUUUACCGAAAAGGGAAUUUAUAAGGUUUUCAAUGAAUUGAUUAAAAGUGGAAGAAUCCACAGCGAUAAUUAUCUUUCCAUUUCAAUGAAGAAGUGUAUUCAUAGAAAUGAUUUGGUUCCAUUCAUUGAAAAAUUCACAGAAGAACCAUUAGAUUUGCAAGAUUAUAUUUGGAGCUUUUUGUCAUUUAGAAUUGAUGAGGAAACUAAGGAUUUCUCAAUUACUGAAACCAUUGAUGAUACUUCCACACGUUUUGGUCAAGCUGCUCUAUUCUGUACAACUCUAUUGAGUCCUUUUGCUCCAGCAGCUGUUGAAGGAAACAAGACAUACACAUCAGUUUCAUUGGAUUUGGGAGAAGAUUUCACAUGUUCAGAUUUUAAAGUUGAAUUCAUUCAAGAACCACCACACAAAACACAAAAUACAAUCACUCACCAUAAUUAA